AUGUCCGUGUGCGAAUACAUGGCGAGCACAGUAGCCUGCGCCCACACGUAUGCGUACUGUGCAGCAGCAGAAGACGACGAGACGAGAAAAGAAGGGGAAAAAUAUGACCAUCGACAUGUACGCUGCCCUAACCAUCUGCUGUGGUGCCUGACGAAGGAUGAGGGUUUGGAGAUGCCGUCGUCUUAUAGUCAAAAUGCUUUAGUAUCGAGCCCUCGUAAAGUAUAUGCUUGGGAGAGAAAAGGCUCCAAAUUGCGGCGGGCGCAAAGAGAAGAAGACAAGAGACCACUUUUGAAUGCGCCUGGGGCAAUGGCGCUUGGGGCGUCGACGCACUCAUCCGGUGCUACAGCCCGCCGAACCUUUUGCUUCAGGGCUCCCACAGCGCUAUCCAGGCCUCGCCGCCAGCACCUUCUUCAGCGACCAAAGGCCACUAAGCCAGCACGCUACAGGCGCUACAAGGCGCUUCCAGGAGACUGCGACAGCAACGGCGUGUUAGUGAGCCCAGCCGGCAGCGACAAAAUCGUUCGACCUCGCCUAGCAGCUCCUCUUUUCCCCAUGCACACAUUCUACCAACUUGGCCUCCAGCAACAGCUUUUGCAAAUCACUCCUGAUACAUCUGAUCUCGCCCAGAGCGCCGCCGCUCUCUCCAGUCCUCGUCGCCGCCGAAUCCGCCGCCGCGCCAGCCAGGAGCUGACCCAAGAAGCAGGCGCUUACCGCAUAGCCUGGAUGGUGAUGAGCUUUUGA